AUGGCUCACCAGUUUCCUAAACGCAUUCUUCAAGAAGGUGCUGAGACGCAGAUGGAUAAGAUUAACAACACAUGUAGAAGGACGCUUCUGAAGGCGGUAAAGGUGGCUCUGAAAGAUGAGUAUGAGGAAGUUUUGAAAGACCCUGUCUUCGGGCCUCUUCUGGCGAUCAUAGAGAACAACCUCAUCUACUCAGGGAAGAUUAUUCACAGCUUCAUGUGCAAGCAGCUCAGGGUUUCCAAGCUUCACGAGCUGUGGUUUAUUUUUGCGAAGAGGCCUCUUAGGUUUUCUAUGCAAGAAUUUUAUGCUGUGACUGGAUUGAAGUACAAAGAGGAACCCGACGUAGACUUCAUUAACUGGAAGAAUGAUAAGGGGUUCUGGGCUAAUGCGCUGAAGACCAAUGCGAAGAUCAACUUAUAUACUAUAAGGGAUGAGCUCCUUAAGGUGUGUAACGAGUGGUCGUAUGUGGACAGAGUGAGGUUAGUGUAUCUGUCCAUUAUACAAUCAUUCCUCAUGGCUAAGGAUUGGAAAGUGUAUAUCCCUCAAGAAUACAUCCGCUUGGUGAUGGAUUUUGAGAAAUUGAGGAUGUAUCCUUGGGGUCUUCGCGCUUAUGAUGAGCUGAUUGCAUCAAUACUCAGAGCAAGAGAAGAUGUGCAUACGAAGAACAGCUACGUAUUGGAUGGAUUCUCAUAUGCGUUUCAGAUAUGGAUUAUGGAGGCAAUUCCAGACAUUGGUUCUACGGGAGAGCUGUUCACAUUUAUAUCAUCUACUGGUGAUUUCGAUGUGAUUGCUGAUACUGAGUUCCUUAGGGAAGAUGAAAAGAAGGACGAAAGAGUUGGUCGUAUUGUUGAAUUGAUCAAUGCGAAACAAGACUGGACGCAUUUCGAUUGGGAAGUUGAGUCUUUGCCUGCACACAUGGACCUUUCUGAUUCAGAACAAGAUGAACCGGCUGAUGUUGCAGAAGAACCGUCAGCUGUUGCAGAGGAACCGACUGUAGUUGCAGGAGAACCGGCUGUUACUGCGAAAAGAGGCAAGCGCAAGCUAAUUGAUCCUGGUGCCGAGUCUCGAAAGAAACAACUGCUUUGUCAACGUGCGGCUGAACACAACAGUGGGGUCUCUAGUGAAAUGAAGACCUUCAUUGAAGGUUUGUUCACCGCUUCUUUCAACUCUUUUAAGGAAGUGGUGCAGAAGGACAUACAUGAGCGUUUUGACAACGUUGCCAAUGAGGUGGCUCAACUCAAGGAACAAGUCUCUCAGCUUAAGGGUCUAUCGGAAACAUUGGGAAAAGGCAACACAUCUGAGAUUCUCUCUCCUUCAGCAACAAUUAGAAAAGACCAAGGACCAUCAUCUCAUAGUACGGGUCCUCCCGCAGCAAAGGGAAAAGGCAAGGCAUCUGCAAAUGUGGAUCCUCCUCCGGUUCGUCGUAGCCCUCGGCCAGUAAGAGAGGAUGUUCAAACUGAUGAAAAUGAAAUGAUGGAUUUUUUGAAGAAUUUGACCAAAUCAGCGAAAUGUGUAGAUAAGGGGACCCAAGACUCUUUACAAGAAGCCAUGGGAAACCUUUCUCAAGCAUCUCAUGUUAAAGGUUUUGAUCCUUCACAACAUCUGGAUGGUGAUGAACCAGCUGACUUUGCCACUCCACUGUCUUCGUUUAAGCCUGCGGAUUGGAGACCACCUACUCUGAAAGACGUGGACUCACUUGAGGACCGGAUAUAUGAUCCCGAUUACUCACUAGUGUUUGUCCCUGAGGCAUUAUGGGGCAAACUUGUUGACUGGACCAAAACUUUCAAAGAACUAAAAAUUGGACCAUCUAUGUUCACAAAUGAGUUAGUAUCUCGUGUCGUCGGACCUUCAAAGUGGCUCCUGAAUAAGUAUAAGAAGGACAAGAAGAAAUUCAAAGUGGGCGGACUGCUACAACAGUACGGCAUUGGCGAACUUCCAGCACACGGACGAACAAGACUAAUGUGGGAUCUUGAUGUUAACCGCAUGUAUGUCCCCCUAAAUGUUGGUAAGCACUGGAUCUCUAUGUGCGUCAACUUUGUUACUCGGUCGAUAGAGGUCUUUGACUGUGAGGGACUGAGACACCCCGGUGCAGUGGAGCCAUUUGCAGUUCUCAUCCCUAGAAUUGUCAAAGCCAUUCAGUCUUCUAAGAAUCGACAGUAUCAAGUCAAGCAGUAUACGGUCUCCUACGUCUCAAUGCCCUUCUUAUUGAACAAAAGUAGCAGUGACUGUGGAGUAUAUGCCUUGAAGCACAUUGAAUGCCAUCUUCUAGACUUAGACUUUUCCCUCGUGAAUGACAACAACAUUCGUGAAGCGCGGCAGAAGAUUGCUUAUGACCUAUGGGAAGCUGCUAUUGAUCCUGUCCUUAUUGAAAGGAUGGCAAAAUUCACUCCCCCGAAGACAAUUUCAAGUGCUCUAGUGGAACUUGAAUAA